GUCGCGUACGCCCGACCGAACCGGUCGAUUUACGUGGCGGUUGUCACGUCGCGGUUUUCGCGAGAAACGACAGUUUUUCAAGAGGAAUCGCUGCGGACGCCGCCGAUUGUUAUCAGCGUAAUCGGUCACUAAUGUUCCGAACUCCUAUUACAAUCGUCCGCAACGAAACUAGGAAACUUCAUGAACUCAAGAUCAAGCUCAAGGACUUCGAGCAUCGGAAACGAGCACGGGAAAAUUCAAUCGGCAAAUCUUCGAUUUGAGAUUAAAGUCAAGAUCGUCGCUCAGUGAUCGCAUUUAUCAACAAGCUGGAUUCCCCGCACAGUGCUGAGUCGUCUGUGGUCGAAAGUGUUUGCUCACCGGGAUGAUAACCACGUGGUUUUAGAUGUAACAGGAUCAAGAACUCCUUCAGAUCAUUUGUAUUCCUUCAAAUUCAAUUGAAUCGGAUGAUAACGACACAGUGACGAUCUCUCGUGAAGUCAGUUGUAACGCGCAGAGAUUGGAUGUCUCUGCAUCUCUCGAUGGUAGAUUUUAACUGUCGCGGCUGAGCGAAAUUUGACAGUCAUCGUGCAAUAUGGCUUUGCUACGUCACCCGUGGAUCCUGUUGCUGCUACCAGUUUUGACGUGCGUUCAGGGAGCCCUCAGAGCGUCGAAGCAGGAUUUAAAAGUACAUCUCAAUGAGCAGAGCUCGUUUUCCUUAUCACUAACGGAACCAUUACCUAAAAAUGCAAUAGUUACAAUAGAUGUGCAGCAUCCCGAUCUGCUAUCCGCAUCGCCAUCUAACUUUUCUAUUAUAGCAGACAAAACAGAAGAACAGAUUAUUCAUGUUAAAGGUUUGAGUGCGGGCCACUCGGUUGUUAGUGCUAAUGUAACUCCUAGUAAUAUCACGGAUUUCUCCGAAGCAUUUGUCAGAGUGACAAUAGAGAAGUCAGAUGUCUUGUACCAUUUUAGUGCUGUGGUUGGGUGGAUAUACUUUUUAGCAUGGAGUGUAAGCUUCUAUCCACAAAUCUACAUUAAUUAUAAACGUAAGAGUGUCGUGGGCCUUAAUUUUGAUUACCUAUCGCUAAAUCUUGUUGGUUUUGUUAUGUACGCGCUGUUCAAUUGUGGUCUCUUUUGGAUAUCUGAGAUUGAGAAUCAAUACUUUGAACGAUAUCCAAAAGGUUUGAAUCCUGUACAGAUCAAUGAUAUAUUCUUUUCGCUACACGCAGUAUUUGCUACUUCUAUAACUAUCGGACAGUGCUUUAUUUAUGAGAUUGGCAAUCAAAGAGUAUCAACUACAGCGCGUAUUAUCCAUGGGAUAUUUGCGAUUUUUAUACUAAUAUCUUUAAUAUUAUCUGGGGUCAAGACAAUUCAGUGGCUAGAUUUCCUCUACUACUGCAGCUAUGUUAAGCUCUGCAUAACGCUCAUUAAAUAUGUACCACAGGCGUUCUAUAAUUAUAGAAGGAAGUCUACUGUUGGCUGGAGUAUAGGAAAUAUAUUCCUAGAUUUUACUGGUGGCAUUCUGUCGAUGCUACAAAUGAUUCUCAAUGCUUACAAUUAUGACGAUUGGGAGAGUAUUUUCGGGGAUCCAACUAAAUUUGGUCUUGGAUUCUUUUCUGUGGCAUUUGAUGUAUUUUUCAUAAUACAGCACUAUAUUUUAUACAGGAAUCCUGAGCCCGUGCAAUUAAUAAAAUAAAGAUAUUAUCUUGCUAAGUUUUUGUAUGUUUCAACGAUGGUACACUAAUAUUUCAUGCAUGGAGAAAGUGGAGAUGUUACUAUUUUUUUUUUUUUGUACAUUUUUAAUUGCAUGUUAACAUUUUAGAUAUUAAUUUCAUGAUAUUAUUAAUUGUAAUAUGUAAAAACAGCUAACUUAAUUUGAUAGAGGAAAGUCACCAAUACUGGUAAACGUCUGAAAAGAGGUCUCAAUAUUGGCAUAAUAGGCUAACUAAUUUUUCUUUUUUAACAGUCAUUUCUAUAAAAUGUUUACAAGUUAAUGUAUAGGGAUUUCUAAAAGCUUUUCAUUUUGAUGUAGAACUCUUUGUCGAUUAUACAAAUAUCUUAAGCUGUUUCACAAGACGUGAACAUGUAACGCAACUAUAUAUAAAGAUCGUUUUUUAACAGAUUUUAUAUAAAAGAAGGUCAUGAAUGUACAAACUAUAGAUUUUUAAUUCUUAAAUUAUUUAAGAGGGUCGUAUUUUUAUUAGUAUUAAUACAGUUUAAUUUUCAAGAAAUAAGAAGGUACUUUGGGAAACGUGUGCCAGUAUUGCCGAUCUUUCUACUUCAUCUUAACCGUUUCGGCGGCAUUGACGCCAUAUAGCGCGGAAAAUAUGUAUGCCCCAGUGGACAUUGAUGCCAUAUAGCGCACAUCGUUUAUUUUUUAAUUGGCUGGAUCGAUUUGCAUGAAAAUUGAUAUUCAAAGGUUUUUUGUGUCGCUGAAUAUGAAUCCAAGGUCCAAACUCCAAAAUUCAAAAUUGCAGACCCCAAAUGGCGGAUCCAAAAUAAUCAAAAUUUUCCGAUUGUUAUGAAACCUGGUAUCUAGGGAUUUUUUGGAUCGCUGAGUACGAAUCCAAGAUCGAAACUCUAAAAUUAAAAUGGCGGACCCAAAAUGACUGUUAAAAAUAAACAAAAUUUUUCGAUUUUUAUAAAAUGUGAUACUCAGAGGGUGUUUUUAGGUUGUUGAACACAAAUUUAAGGUCAAAAUUUUACAAUUGAAAAUGGCAAACUCAAAAUAGCAGUCAAAAUUAAUCAAAAAUUUUUUGUUUGUUUUUAUGAUUUUUUAAAAAAUUAUUUUUAACUAUUUUUUACUUAUUGUUUUUACUAUUUAUUUUGAAAAACAAUUCUUUUCUGUUUUAUUGCCUCUUAUUGUUUGCUUUCAAUUUGCAAUUUUUCUUAUUUACGCUCAUAAGCCUUUUAUCAUUUGGAAACAUGAUACUUGGCGAAACAACCAAUACAUAAAGGCAUAUUACCGCAUUUUACACACAUUAUCCUUUCUUUUUCUAAUCGACUGACAGAGAGCACAACGCUUCCUGAUACGUUUUUCAUGGUGUUUGUUAGGUAUUACACUUACAACGUGUGCACUGGCUUUUUCUUGUUCAACGUUUGGAAGAGGAUCGGAAUAACUUUUCUGAGUGUUUGUUGAUUGUUAUUUACUUGUGUUCCUGUAUAGUGUUUCUUUAUAAAUUUUAUAACGAGUACUUGCAAAAGAAUAUAUAUAUAAUAAUUAUAAGAAAUACUUAUCCGUUAUUUUAAUAACAAAAUUUUUUGCCUUAAAUUUAGCAAUACAAAAACCCUUGUAUUAUGAAUUUUUAUCAAAUAAAUUAAAUUAAAAUAUUUUUGGUCCGCCAUAUUAGAUCCGCCAUUUUUAAUUUUAAAAUUCUGAUGUCUGAUUCGUAAGCGACCCCGAAAGUCUUUAGAUACAAGGUAUCUUUGAAUUGCGAAUUAGUUUUUUUUCUUGCCCACAGGGGCACGAACAGUGAAAUUUCGCCUGCCGUCGAAGCAGUUAAUUUAGUUUUAGUUAGUCUUGUAUGUAUUAAUAAUACAAUAAGAAAGUACAUUACAUGUUUUGUAUGAGAAUGGAAUAUCCAUCUAUGACUGGAUUUCUUCUUAAUCGCAUAUAUAUGUAUGUUGCCAUUUCGUCUUAUCUAUUUAGCGAGCUACGUAAUUGUAGAUGUGACGUAGAGCAAGACUUUGAUUUUACAGACAUAGCGAUCAGAAGGUGAUUGACCUGAACGGCAGAAUAUAGCGACUCUUCGACGAGGACUUAAUUCCCCUCUCCCAAAAUCCUUUUCUGACCAAUAUUUUAUACAGAUGUUUUUAUAUUCACACAUAAAUCUCUGCAUGAUUAUUUAUCAUUAUUGUGUACAUAGAAUAUAGUAGAUAGAAUAUAAAGUUUAAACGGAUGUGUGCAGGCAUGCGCGAUAUCAAGAGAUACGCACAUUUUUGUAUGUUCUUUUUUUUUUAAAUAUAUUGAGAUAUUUAUUCCGAAAACGAUUUCGUAGAAAAUAUGUUUUAAAAAAUUAUAUAAGUUAAAGAUUUGUAUGUUGCGUGUAUAUUUGCGCACACAACACAUUUUUUACUUUUAUAAUUUUUAUUAAUUUUAUUUAACUUUAAGUCAAAACGUAUAUGAAUUAAUAUUAUAGCUAUGACACAGAAUUUGUAUUUUUUUUCUACAUUAUUUUAAACAUGAUCUAGAUCAUUUACAAAUUAGAAAGAUAUUAUAAAAAUUAUUAUCACAGGCUCAUGUUGAUAAUUUUAAUGUGAUUUGAAACAAUACUGAAAACCAAAGGAAUAAUGCAGUCUCAUAAGAAGUUUGCACAAAUAAAUUAUGCAUUUGAUAAUGCUGCCAAGUAAAUUAUAGAUGAUAAAAAGUCGUAUUCGAUAAUUUACAUGUAAAACAAAAAUAUUAUCAAAGGAGGAAUGAUAGGCGUUACAGAAAAGUGUUUAAAUGCAGUUCAAUUUUUGUUGAGGAGAAUCGGAAAACGAUUAUAUUAAAAAAACGUUGUUAUAAUGAAAAUAUUUUACGGAGCCGCUAUUAUCUUAAUACGAGGUUCCAUCAUCACGGUUCUCACACGAUUCAUCAUUUUGUUCAUUACGCAUCGGACUAAAUCCCCACCCAAGAGAAUUAUAGAUGGUAUUUUAAAUAUUAAUAUAAUAUUACACGUUGUGUGUACUACGUGGUAGUGUAAUAUUUUAUUUAACUGCCAAGGGAUAUAAAUCACGUAAGAAUCACAGUGGAUUGCAUGAAGCAUGUCCCGCGUUUAUUGUUAUUAUUGUUACAUCAUGCAUAUUCAAUUGUGAGUUUAUCAUGUUUCUUUUACACGUGGUGAAAGACUGGUGGUAAAAGACUGCGGCGAUUCUACGCUCAACUUGGGAGAAUAAUUAUCCGAAUAAAUUUGAUUGUUAAAUUUGUGUGUAUGUCCCAUCUCGUAUUGAGUGCGUGCGUGUAUUUUUUAUUUUUAUUAACCCGGGAAUAAUAAGCGCUCCAGCUUUUCUCUCUUUUCUCAUCACGACCGAGUGCGCAGAAAAUAGCAUCUGAAAAUCUCAUCGGUAAAUGUAACUUCCGGAAGAAAUGAAUAAAUCGAUUGAAAAAGUUUCUCGAGAUGGGAAAAGAUAGCGAAACCUCGGAGAGAUGAUCUCUGAGGGAACGUGCGAAUGUAAUCGUGUCGUAUGAUGACGAAUACGUACGCAAGUUUUGUACUUGUACAUACGAUUCCAAAGCGAACUACCUUGUAAUCGACAAAAUAAAAGGUGAAGCUACCAA